AUGGCCAUCCCCUCCGCCCCCGAGUCGUCGCUCCUCUCCCUCCUCUACCGCUCCUACCCCGCCGCCGUCGCCCCCGACGCCACCGAGCCCGACCUUCUGACGGCCUCGCCCAAGAUUUUCCCUCAGACCACCUUCUCCGUGGCCGAGGAGGCCGACAUCAAGCAAUGGCUACACACCAUCUCCGGCCUGCAGGCUGCCCUCGUCAAGGAUGACAAGCCCGUCGCCACGAACAUCCUGGCCCAGCUGAACGCUCACCUGGCCACCCGCACCACCCUACUGGGCUCCAAGCCCUCCGUCGCUGAUAUUGCCGUCUACGCCCUCGUGGCGCCUCUCGUCGAGAAGUGGUCCCCCGAAGAACGUACGGGCGAGCAGGGUCUCCACAACCUCGUCCGUCACGUCGACUUCGUGCAGAACAGCCGUCUGUUCGUCCUGCAGAUCCCCGAGGAGGAGAAGAUCGCUAUCGACGUGAACGACGUGCGCUUCGUGCCGAAGCCCGUGGAUCCCAAGGAGGAGAAGGAGCGCAAGAAGAAGGAGAAGGCCGCCGCCCAGAACGCCGGUGACAAGCCCCUGGUCGUGGGUCAGGGCAAGCCCGAGAAGGCUGCCGCUGCUGCUCCUGCUGAGUCGGCCGAGAAGCCCGAAGGCAAGGUGAACAAGAAGGAGAAGAAGGAGAAGAAAGAGAAGGCGCCCAAGGCCAAGCCUGCGCCUGCUCCCGCGGCGCCGCCCACCCCCUCGAUCAUCGACCUGCGUGUCGGCCACAUCCUGCGGGCCGUGAACCACCCCAACGCCGACUCGCUGUACGUGUCGACCAUCGACUGCGGCGAUGCCCCCGGCAGCGAGAACACCUCCCUGGACGAGGCCACCGGCAAGACGGUCCGCACGGUGUGCUCGGGUCUGAACGGCCUGAUCCCUCUCGAGGAGAUGCAGGACCGCAAGAUCGUGGCCGUCUGCAACCUCAAGCCCGUCACCAUGCGCGGCAUCAAGUCCUGCGCCAUGGUCCUGGCUGCGUCUCCGCGCGUGGCCGAGGGCGAGGACUCGCACGCCGGCCCCGUGGAGCUGGUCAUGCCCCCCGCCGACGCCCCUGCCGGUCAGCGCAUCUACUUCGACGGCUGGAGCGAGGGCGAGCCCGAGAAGGUGCUCAACCCCAAGAAGAAGGUCUGGGAGACGUUCCAGCCGGGAUUCACGACCACCGAGAACCUCGAGGUGGCGUUCGAAAGCAGUGCCGUGCCCGCCGUGCAGGGCCAGGAGGGCAAGCCCGCUCUGGGCAAGCUGAUCACUGCCUCGGGUGUGGUCUGCACUGUCAAGACCCUGAAGGGAGCUGCUGUUCGGUAA